CCGUUUCCCACUCGCCCCGCUCUUGGACCGCGGUAGAGGCAUUAUUGUGAUUGACCGGUCAACUUCAGCCUCAGAUGACACCGGUAGGUAGCUGAACGAUAUGAAUGGCGCAAGGAGCGCAACUCUCCGCCAAUUGCCUGGGUACUGCACUUACGUACCGUACCACGGUGUAGUACCUAGAUCGAGGAGAUGCCGUUGUCCUUGAAUUGUGUAUCACGAGUUACAUUAUGUGUGUUUUCAAUGUUACGACUAUUAUUUGGAAUGGGAUGGGUAGAAUGCGAGGGCUGAAAACGAAGCCGCUUCCCGUGUCCAAGAGCAUGAUUCAUGAUAACCUACCCUACCUAUCCCACGGAUAUUAGCUAGCAGUGUGCUUUUCUUCUUCGUUUCUCUAAAACCCACCUUUCUCCAUGACCCACACCACACACUCCGCCCUCGAGGUCCAACGUCCACCCCAAGCCGUGUAUCUGGGACAAGAGCGGCGACCAUGCUCUAGGAGAAACAACCCCUAACCAUGGACGUGCGGAUACAGAACUAAUUCCCUUCCAUGGCUGUUCCGUUAUUACUAGCUGCGUAGGUGCAACUCUACGACAGCCCGAGUCUUCAUCCCAUUCCUAAACAACCUUCUGCCGGGGGGGGGGGGGAACUUUAGGCACUGGAAGACCCGUGGCGGUCACAAAGUAACUACAGUACAUACAUUACGUACGAUCGCACUAAUACUUGCAUACUCCUCGCUUUACUAUGCGUACAACUGGCUAUACUCCGUCCAAAGGACCAACUUGCGAUAAGUUAUGGAAGUUGAAUAAAUAAUAGGAUACCUACCUACUACUGUAUGUAUUUGUAAACGAUAGCUGUCCCCUUUUGUGCUCCUCGGGUGUAACCUUUUUCUUUUUCUUUUUCUUCUUUUUCCCCCUCAGUUUUUCUGUUUCUAGCCGUUUGUAGAUUACGAAUUUGGGUUAACUCUGUGCUGUGUAGGUGAAAAAUGUAAAAUCUGAAUGGGAUGCUGUGUUUUUUCAAUUCUCGGGAGGAGAGGGGGGGGGGGGGGGGGGUUUGUUCUGUCCCUGUCUGAAAAUCAUUCUUCUCUGAUACGAAACAGUACCUCUGUUGACUGAUGUUCAUGCCAUGCUGUGUUUUUGUAACUGAUGGAGAAAAAGAGAGGCCGGGGAGGGGAUAUAUUGAGAUGUCACAUCACCUGCACCUGGAAGCCACUCUCUUUCUUCCCAACUUCCCAUUAUCAUCUUGUUGUGAGACAAAAACUGCCUUAGAUCAUGGCAGGGGAGCUUCAGGGUUGAGUUAGAGGUAUGAUCACUUGUUGUUCUAUAUCCGCAUGAGGGUCAGGAGUUGUGGAGCUGGUUGGAACUCAGCAGGGCAGGGACCUAGAUUUAUAUAGAGGAAAUAGGGGAAAAGAGAGAAAGAAAAGGAAAGAAAGAAAGAAAGAGAAAAACCACCAACCGGGAAAAAAUGAGGAGUAUAUAUUUAUUAACUGAAGAAAGGAAAAAAGGGUGCAGUGGUGAACUGACUGGCAUCGCUAUUAUUAUUAUUUAAUAAGUAGUGCUGUGUGUUAACGCUGUAUGUGGCCCUCGGGAUGAAUCGGAGGAAAUCUACCAGGCAGCAAUGGCAAACUCAGGCAGCAAAACCCCAAUCCACGGCCCGAGCACAAGGUAUCUAGGGAAAGUAACUCCUCGGAGGGCACUUACUCGGACAUACAAAAGGCUCCCUUUGACUCAUAAAGCUCUCGUUAAAUCUUCCUCUUUUUUUUUUCUUGUCACCCAUUAGGCCUUACAUACUCGUUGUCUUGGAAGUCUUGGAUUUCUUGGAAUGGUUCCGCUUCCCGCUCCGAUUCCCGCCAUUUGGCGCCCGUGGCCCUGGCCUUGGCGUCAACACCACUCGGCUGUCUUCCAUCCCGGCUGACUAAUAGGCGAACGGGCGUCGACAAAAGCCGCGCUCCUGGCCAAUUACAUGCCGCCAGAAUCAAAUCGCUCGCCCAAUGAAGGGCUUUGACGGGCUUGAGGGAUUUCUCUAAGGGCUGGGCCUCGCGGUCCCGUGACCUAAGUUUUUUUUUUUCGGAUGUUGACGACAUUGAAGGCGGGAUUGGAUUGGGGCUUGGUUGGGCGUGCUUACGAACGGGUUUGAUAUCGUUUUCUGUUCCAGACAUCAGGAUAUCGUCUCCUUUCCCCGGUGAAGAAACCAACCGAUGCGCCAUUUGCGCAGGCCGGAUGAGGCCACUGGUUGCUACGUGUGCUUUUGCGGCCAAUCAAUCCUUCGGCAAUCGGGGGUUGGUUGGCCUUCCGUUUCAUUUGCUAUGGAGAGCCGAUGGCUGAGAACUUUUGCCGUAGAGCAAAAUGAGUAUGCACUUCAGCUGCGUGGCUAACAAUGUUAUGACGGAGCUUACAUAGAGAGCAAUCAUACGUUUCGUUGGAUGGAUUAGCUGGCAGGGAUUAAACUUUCCAUGACGGGAGCUUGAGAGCUACGUACCUAGGUACGGAGUCAAGAUAUCCACUCUGUCGUCAAUCAUUUUCUUUUUCAUCUAACCUAUGCUUUCGCACUCGGUUCUUUGCUCCACCUGGGUCAAGCGGGAGGAAAUGGCAUAUGUAUAUAGGGCGGCCAAUUCUCUCCUGUUCGGUCCAUGUUUAAUCUGGAAAUGUAUCAUCCAACUAAGAAUAUACUUCAAUAAUAUCAUUCAUUCCUUUCCCUACCACGCGUUAGACAAGAACCUCCUCCUCCCUUUCGUCCAUUCUCCGUCUUGCUACCUCGAUACCCAUUUGCAUCUAAUCGCCUCAACCCGAUAUCCCAACCUCAAACACCUUCCUUAUCAAAGUCCCACCAGAUAAACCUAACACGACCAACAUGACCGUCAUCAGCGGCCGCACCAUAACCCACAUCGACGAGGCCUCCCUCGCCAACCUCAAAUCCCGCCUCAGCUAUGUCAAGGGCUUCCUCCACUUCACAGAGAAAGACGGCGCCUUCAUCCAAGCCGCCAAGGAGAUCAUCGCCCCCGCCGUCCCCGCCGUCCUAGACGCAGUCUACACCCGCCUCCUCUCCUUCGACAUCACCGCCAAGUCCUUCGUGCCCCGGCAGCCAGAGCAGGACACCAACGAACCAGCCGCGGCCGGCAGCGUCGCAGAGCUCGCGCUCGACCACCCAAACAUCGUCCACCGCAAGGACUUCCUCAAAAACUACCUCAUCCGCCUCGUCAGCAACAAGGACUGGUCCGACGAGAGCUCGUUCUGGGGUUACCUGGAUAAAGUCGGCAUCAUGCACACGGGUCAGGCGGGCUUCAAGCAUCGGGAGAAGCGGCCCAAGCUGCGCGUGGAGGUUAUGCAUAUGUCGCUGCUGCUGGCGUUUGUGGAGGAGAUGGUGCUGCAGGCUAUUCUGGGCGCUGAGGGGGUGGAUUUGCAGACGAAGACGGGGAUGAUUACGGCGUUUAAUAAGUUGGUGUGGAUUCAGAAUGAUCUAUUCCAGAGACAUUACGUUGCUAAAAAGCCGGAGUAGAUUGGGGACAUUUGGGAUUCAUGGUGUUUUUUUCUUUUCUGGUUAAUUCCCCCCUUUUUGCUUCCUCUUCAUUUGUUCUCCCCUUGGUACGUAUUCCAGAUAGAUGGGUAUAAAAGUACGGGAUACGGGAUAACGAGGAUUCUGCUUGCUGCUGGCGUAAGAUGGCGAAAAAAACGAAAGGGGAAUGAAUAAAAGAUACAGGACACAGGGGAUGCGGGAUACAAAAACGUUCCCGGCUCCCAAAUAGCGCAUAUAUACAUAAUAUACAUAUAUACACAACUUGGAUUAGAUGAUAGAAACGGCCCCACUCUAUAGAGCUUACGAAUAUGAAGUCGGAUCAUUUUUAUUGCUUUCCUGUCAAUGCUUCCUUGGCUAUAUUUAUGUAUGUACAUGUACAUGUACGUAAAUAUGGGGUAGUGAGGAUGGAGGGCUAAUGAGUGAGGUAGCUAGCUACAUUGACUCAAUUCACCUAUGUACCGACCGAGGAAAGGAAUUCAUAAAUAGGAUACAUUCCUUCAUCCACAUGGAUAUAUCGCGGAUUUUUAAGAGGGUAGAGAGAACUUUAAAAAAUCACAGGUCGUGUGUUAGAUGGUUCCUAUUAUAGAAAGCGGCGAUGGGAUUAGCAAGGACCGAACAUCUAGUUACGGGGGAAAACACACAAGCAUCCAUCCCACAAGGGCCUCUUUCACCCUUCAGCCCUAUUCAAUGGGCUGUGGCCAAAAAAAAAAAAAAAAAAAAAAAAAAAAAAAAAAAAAAAAAACCCAGCACAAAGGAAGGGUCAUUGUCCACACAAAAUAACAACACUCCAGACAUUGCCAAUUAGCUUAGGUGCAUGUCUAUCAACAGCAAGCAACAUGACCCGUGCGUAGGUCUGGAUGGCAGCCCGUAUGUGCCGGGGUUAUUACUACGGAAGCCCUUUGGUAGUUGGUAUGUGAACAAAGGACUCGGGCGGAUGAUGAGUAUGUUUGUAUCUUCUCUAUCUCACCCGCCUGGUGUUCGUUCAGAGAUAGAGUUAUUGCUUUCCACCCAAUAUUUCGUUGCGGGGGUGGGUGACAGUGCAGUCAGUAGAUGGAGAGAAAGAGGUAUUCCACAAUUUUCUUCACGCCCGCGCCAGGAUGCUAUACGGAACGGGAGAAAUCAUCAAUUGUCCUUAAAAUAAAUUGGUUCUCAAAUAGAGGAAGGGGGUUUAACUCUCCUUUGUGCCAGCCCGUUGGCGCUGUCCGCAGGAUUAAGGCAAAAAGGUCUGGCCGUGUGUUGUGUGUGUGUGUAUGUGCAUGGAGGAGGAAUGAAUAUAUGCGCGUAGCUGACAUGUUAAAAUGACAGUACAGAUAAUGGGAAGGAAUUAUUCGUAGUUUUUCGGCGUGAGGGGGGUCCGACAUUCUCGGAUUUAUUUUGACGGCUUGCUUGGGAUCCUUGGUUUUUAUCAGUGGAGAGCGCAUCUUUCAGGAGUCGUCACUAGAAUAUGGGGGCAGUAGUAGUAUUUGGAUAUUUGGAGUCAGCGUUCAAUACCCAGGACACUCAACGGUCCAAUGGAAAUUGCAAGUCAAAGAAGGAAAAAUUCUUGCGGCCACACUCAUUGUACAGGACGAUUUUCUCACAAAUGUAAAUAUGUAGUGUGAAGCAAUAUGAAUUAGACGCAUGGCAUUUUCAUUUCCCAUUUGUCUAUUAUUGAAAAAAGAAAGAAAAAAAAAAAAUUUCCCGCAAGAGCGAAUGAAACAGAAGGAUCAAAGAAAAAUCCCUUAAUUUUUGUCAACGCAAGUCCCUGGGCCCAAGAAACAAUUUAUCGGAGUCAGUCCGAAAACGGCAGAGCAAGAUGGACGCCAGCAGCAUUCGUUCAGCUUCGAUGUUCGAGACUGAAAGCAAAUGGAAGAAGGAUAGAGAGAAAGCAAGAAACACUACUAAAAGGAUCCCAUUUCAGGCACGAGAGCAAAACCGCGCUGGCUGUCAUUGGCACACGUUCAUGCGCCAAAUGCACCGACCGUACAUGGUUGACGAUGUUGUCUGAAUAUUUGACGUUGGGUGCUUCGAAGAAAGGCCUGACCUCUCAGUUCCUGGCUGAAUCAUGGAGUCAUAGCCCUUCUUAAUGCCUGAGAAAGCU